CUUCUUCGGAAACUCUCGCGACCUCUCCCUCGAUUCGGCUUGAUCGGUGGCGGCAAUGGCGGCGGCGGAGGAGGAGGGGGGGAGGAGGAGGGGGAGAGUGGCGGUGGUCGUCCUCGGCGACAUCGGCCGUAGCCCCCGCAUGCAGUACCACGCCCUUUCCCUCGCCCGGCAGGCAGAUUUAGAUGUCGACAUUGUUGCCAAUGGAGGUAGUGAUCCUCAUAUGGCCGUAAAAAGCAACCCAUUGAUUCAUCUUCAUGAAAUGAAAUCAGUACGCCUAGAAGGAAUAUCGAAAAUUUCUGGCGCCUUGGCACUCAUACUUAAAGCUGCGAUCCAGUUUGUUAUAUUGGUUUGGUUUCUGUGUUUCAAAAUUCCUCGUCCAGAUUUUUUCUUUGUUCAGAAUCCGCCAUCUGUUCCCACAUUGGCUGCAGUCAAAUUAUGUAGCUGGUUAAGGAAAUCUGAGUUUAUCAUUGAUUGGCACAACUUUGGAUUUUCAUUGCUUGGGUUGUCUCUUGGAAGAGGUCAUAUUAUAGUGAAGAUCUAUCUAUGGUUUGAAAAAUUUUUUGGGAGGAUGGCAAAUGGUUCCUUCUGUGUCACGAAAGCGAUGCAACAUGAACUUGCUCAAAAUUGGGGAAUCAACGCAACAGUUCUUUAUGAUCAGCCCCCUGAAUUUUUCCAUCCCACUUCACUCAAGGAGAAGCAUGAGUUGUUUACUAGGUUGGAGAAUGAUAUCUGUAAUCCACAAGAAAUUCGUGACUGCAUCUCUGAGCAAAGAGGCCGAGAUAGUGGUUCUUCCAAUCAAUUACACAAUACUCUUUUUACCGCUCAGAGUGGUGAUGGCUUUUUCAUGAAGUCAAACAGGCCUGCUCUUGUUGUCAGCAGCACAAGUUGGACUCCAGAUGAAAAUUUUGGUAUACUUCUAGAAGCUGCUGUUAUGUACGAUAGGCGUGUUGCUAAAUCCUUGAAUGAAGAUGAUUCCAUCGAUGAGGAAAAGCUCUGGAUUGAUAUUAACAAUGGCAAACAGUAUUGUUACCCGAGAUUACUGUUCAUUAUCACAGGUAAAGGGCCUGAACGGAGAAAAUAUGAAGAGCAGAUAAAGAAGUUAAAAUUGAGGAGAGUGGCCUUUCGAACGAUGUGGCUAUCGGCGGAGGAUUAUCCAUUAUUACUAGGUUCAGCAGAUCUAGGCGUAUCCUUGCAUACUUCCUCAUCUGGCCUGGACCUUCCCAUGAAGGUUGUUGAUAUGUUUGGAUGUGGGUUGCCAGUUUGUGCUUUUUCAUUCUCCUGCAUCGAAGAACUUGUAAAAGUUGGGAAAAAUGGGCUUCUCUUCUCGUCACCUUCUGAGCUUGCUGAUGAAUUCUUGAUGCUUUUCAAGGGCUUUCCAGAAAAAUGUGAUGCCUUGAAAUCAUUGAGAGAUGGUGCCUUGGCUACAAGUUACUCCGGUAGAUGGUCUACUGAGUGGGAAACGCAUGCACUACCACUUAUAAACCAAGUUAUUUCAAGGAAACACCAAUGACUACUUUCGAAAACUCGGAAAAUAUUCUGAAGAAGUUUAAUGGCCAUUUGAUGAUUCGAAGGGAAUUAAGAAGAUGCUUGAGCAAAUUAAGUUCUUUGCGCUCAAAUUGUAAGGUACAAGCUAAAAAGAUAUAAUAACUUGUGAGUUCUUUUAAGUUAUAAAUUAAAUGCGAUGGAGUUGUGAUGUUUUUUUUUUUUCCCGAAAAAAUGUGGUGUGUGAUUGAAAAUAUAAAGCGGUUUAUACAGUGAAAAUCGGUGAUGGAAUUGUGAAAAGAAUACAUGGUUCUGAGGUUAUUAGUUUGAGUUCAUAAAUUCAGCAUAUAUAUUUGAAAUUUGGUGAAUAUAUUAGAACACAAUUUUUCAUGGCUUGUUUGGAUGUAAGAGUCUGGUUUUAGCGUCGUGAGGAUUUACUGUGUGAUUGGAUGUAAGAGUGAUUUUAUUUUCUCAUGAAGUUUUAACUGC